AUGAAAAAUUUAUCCUCUUUAUGCUGUAGACGCAGCCAAGGUCUUGGAGCUGUAGCUCGACCUAUACGCUUUGCUUCAACCUCGGCAACCCCAACGUCACCAAACUUCUCCCGCUCCAACUCGCGCCGUUGGCUAAGUAUCGUCUUCGUGGGCGUAACAGCAGCAGGUGCUGGCGCCUAUAUCAGAUCUCAAAACACUUCCUCUGCAACUUUGAACCCUGAAACCUUUACCAAAUACAGCCUUGUGUCACGCGAGCCAGUGUCAGCAACCAGCAGCCUCUUCACGCUGCGACCACGCAAACCCAGCGACACCAACUACGAUGUUUACGAAGACGCAUGGCAGACAGGCGUCUGGAGUGUGAUGUUCAAGCAACCACAAUUACAAAUCGGACGAGAUUACACCCCGCUACCUACGACGGCGGCGACGUCGCUAAGCGUCGACGACGAGAAUGAGGGAUGCCUGCGGUUCUUUAUUCGGAAGGAUCCCUUUGGAGAGGUUUCGCGCUAUUUGCAUAACAUUGACGUAGGCGCUGAUGUCGAGAUGCGUGGCCCCAAGAUCGAGUGCGCGAUCCCGAAGGAAACGGAGGACAUACUUUUCAUUGCUGGAGGGACGGGGAUUGCACCAGCUCUUCAGGCUGCGUAUUCUCUUUUGAAUCGCAAGCACACCGAGCGUCGGCCGAGGAUUCACAUCUUGUGGGCGAAUCGGUUGAAGGAUGACUGCGCUGGUGGUCACAGUGACUCGCUGAAGCCGCAGCCACGCCGGGGCUGGUUCUCGGGGUGGGUUGGCUCGUCGAAGAGCCAGGAAGCCACGUCGGAAAAUGCUGUGGAUGUUGUGCGAACAGAAGGCACCUCUAUAAUUGUGCGAGAGCUAGAGGCGCUGAAGUCCCAGUAUCCCGGGCAGGUCAUUGUGGAUUACUAUCUGGAUGAAGAAAACACGUUCAUAACAAAGGAGGAUAUUCGAUGUGCUAUUGCACCAGCGUCGACAAGCGACCCUCGUGAGAGCAAGAGCAAAUUGAUUUUGGUUUCCGGUCCUGAGGGGUUCAUCAGUUACAUGGCUGGGUCCAAGCUGUGGGCGCAAGGUCAGGAACUUCAGGGGCCCCUGAAAGGAGUCAUCAAGGAACUGGAUCUCAAAGACUGGGGUGUGUGGAAGCUCUGA